AUGUCGUGGUUAUGGAGGAAUGAUGCCAGCUCACCGGCCUCAUUCGAGAAGGCUCUUCAGAAAUUGUCCUCACAGAUCACAGCAGCGAACCUAUCUGUGGACACUACACGCAGCCGAGCCAGGCGGGUCAAAGCGCUGUGGACACUUUGGACGACAAUCACCUUCCUCCUCUAUGCUCUUAUAAUAACACUCGUGCUCGGACCGCACAACUGGUCCUUACCGCACUAUUCCGGGCUCGUCGGCGCGCCAGUGGCGAUAUAUGGGGUGCGGAAGAUACUCUCGAUUUUCUUCGACUGGCGAAUAAAUCGCCAGCAGUCGCACCUAGAAGCCCUCCAGAAACAGCGAGAGUCCAAGAUCGCAGACCUGAAGAAAGCUACAAAAUACGACAGUACACAAGAGCUUCUUCAAAAAUACGGCGGCGGCCCACCCAAAGAACAGACACCCUCCAAGAAGGGCGGCAAGGCCAAGGAUGGCCCACAGCGCUCUCCGCAGCAACAGCAACCGCAACAGCAUCAACGCACCGGCCUCCCACCGCCCCCUACAGCCAAUAUCCCAGGCCGCCACUUGCAGCAGAAUCGACCGAACAUUCAACCGCCCCCUACCGCCAACAUUCCCAGCAAUCGACCCCAGCCCAACUCUCCAGGCCUCACACAGUCCCCUGCAGCUUUCUCCCCCGACGCUCCGGGCUUUGCUCCCAACGCGUUUCCUCUUCCACCACCCACCGCCCCGCCCGCAUACGUACAGCAGCAAGGCCCGCACUGGUACGACCGCAUCCUCGACGUCAUGCUCGGCGAGGACGAGACAGCCGCGAAGAACCGCCUGGCCCUCAUCUGCAACAGUUGCAGAUUGGUCAACGGGCAAGCGCCGCCGGGUGUGCGAACCCUGGAGGAGUCGGGCCGCUGGCGCUGCGGCGGGUGCGGGGCGUGGAAUGGUGUUGACGAGAGGGGGAAGGCGAGGGAGGCGGUCGAGGACGUGAGGAGGGAGGUUAUGGGUGCAGGCGACCCCGUGGCGGAGGCGGAGGAGAAUGGCUGGGAAGAGAUUGUGCGGGCUCAGGAUGAGGGAGCCGACGUGGCUAUGCAGGGCACAGAAGGCACGACGGGAAGAGAGGGUGGUGAUGAAAGCAGGGUGGUCACUAAAAGGGUGACGCGCAGUAUGGUUGCCGACGAAGAUUCAUAG